GAUUGAUCUGACUCACUGAAAAGAGCCGGAACUCCCACUACUCUGUGUGUUUGUUGCCUGUGACUGACUGACCGAGUUCAUCAUGGCUGAGGAGUUUGUGAAAGCCCAAAUUAAAGGAGACAAAGUGGUUGUGUUUCUGAAACCAACGUGUUCUUACUGCAUUCUUGCCAAAGACGUGCUGUCCAAAUACAGCUUCAGGUCCGGGCGUUUAGAGCUCAUCGACAUCAGCGUUCUGGACAACAUGGGCGCCAUUCAGGACUACUUACAGCACCUUACCGGCGCCAGGACUGUGCCACGUGUAUUUAUAGGUGAGGAGUGUAUCGGAGGAGGCAGCGACGUGGAAGGGCUUGACAGAAGUGGAAAACUGAAGGGCAUGCUGCAGAAAAUCGGAGCGCUGCAGUGACAAGAUGAUGGCCGUGCUGCUUGCAGGAGGUCACAUGAUGCUGCAGCGGGACUUGCGCAACUGCCGUCUGCGUUGCUGGUACUCGCUGAGCUCCUGCAGGUAGCCUCUGGAGGGCCAGCGCAGCCGUUCCACCUGCUCCCGCUCCUCCUCUGUCCAACAGCAGCACUAUGACCAUGAAGAAAACACAGCGACAACCCCCUCACCCCCGCCACAUAUCCACGCAAUGCCUCUUCACCAUGUACCUUAUUCUUUACUAAUCACUUUAACGCAUCGAGACAGUACAUGAAGAUAAAGCUGCAUUUUUAUAUUGUAGCAUUUGAAUACCAUCAUGGAUCUCCUAUGCGCAUAUAUAUAUAAAUUUUUCAUAAUCUGUUUAAAAUGUUAUUGACUGAAGUGCAUCGAAAUGUCUGUUAAAGUACCCCUGAGCAUGUUUCAAAUAAUUAAAAAUAAUU